AAAGGCAGGGCGGCGAGCGGGACCAGCCGUGCAAAUCCCUAAGAGAAGAUGACUGUGUUCUUUAAAACACUUCGAAAUCAUUGGAAGAAAACGACAGCUGGGAUCUGUCUGCUGACAUGGGGAGGCCACUGGGUCUAUGGAAAACACUGUGAUAACCUACUAAGGAGAGCAGCCUGUCAAGAAGCUCAGGUGUUUGGCAAUCAACUUAUUCCUCCCAAUGCGCAAGUGAAGAAGGCAACUGUGUUUCUCAACCCUGCAGCUUGCAAAGGCAAAGCCAGGACUCUAUUUGAAAAAAAUGCUGCCCCGAUUUUACACUUAUCUGGCAUGGAUGUUACCAUCGUUAAGACAGAUUAUGAGGGCCAAGCCAAGAAACUCCUGGAACUGAUGGAAAACACAGAUGUGAUCAUUGUCGCUGGAGGAGACGGGACGCUACAAGAGGUUAUUACUGGAGUUCUUCGAAGAGCAGAUGAGGCUACCUUCAGUAAGAUUCCCAUCGGAUUCAUCCCACUGGGCCAGACCAGUAGUUUGAGUCAGACACUCUUUGCCAAAAGUGGAAACAAAGUCCAACAUAUUACCGAUGCCACACUUGCCAUUGUGAAAGGAGAGACAGUUCCACUUGAUGUCUUACAGAUCAAGGGUGAAAAGGAACAGCCUGUGUUUGCACUCACCGGCCUUCGAUGGGGAUCCUUCCGAGAUGCUGGCGUCUCAGUUAGCAGGUACUGGUAUCUUGGGCCUCUAAAAACCAAAGCAGCCCACUUUUUCAGCACUCUUAAGGAGUGGCCUCAGACUCAUCAAGCCUCAAUCUCCUACACGGGACCUACAGAGAAACCUCCCAGUGGAGCGGAAGAGACCCCGCCCCGGCCCUCUUUGUACAGGAGGAUAUUACGGAGGCUCGCGUCCUACUGGGCACAACCGCAGGGCGCCCCGCAAGAGGUGAACCCAGAGGUCUGGAAGGAAGUGCAGCUGUCCACCCUUGAACUGUCCAUCACAACCCGGAACAGUCAGCUUGACCUGGCAAGCAAAGAGGACUUUAUGAACAUCUGCAUGGAACCCAACACCGUCAGCAAAGGGGACUUCAUCACUCUAGGAAGUAAAAAGGUGAGAGAUCCUGAGCUGCGUGUUGAGGGCACCGAGUGUCUCCAAGCCAGCCGCUGCACGUUGCUUCUUCCAGAGGUGAGCAGGGGUGAGCUGCCCCACAGCUUGGGGUCUUCUCUCUGUGGUCUUCCUUUCUGCUCUUUUUCUCCCUCUUUCCUAUUAACAGACCCUUCCUUAGGUAUCUCACACAUGCUGAGUGCUGUGCCGGGCUCUGGGUUAUAUUAAGGGAGACCCAAAAAGAUGGCAGAAAAGCCCCUUCUGAGUCACAGGUUUAGAGUUUGGCUCCUGAAGACUUCCAGUGUUGUCAGGCCAAGGUUCUGUAAUGUGAUCCUUCAGUCUCCUGAACUUUUAUUUUUCUGAAUGUAAAUUAUGCGAAUGGUUACUAUAACAACCCACAGAAUUCUCCAGUUUGCAAAUGUUCAUAGUGAAUUCUAGCUUCACGUUUUUUAAAAAUGAUCUGGAAGCGUUUUCAGGAUGGCAGUAGAUUUUUCUGUACUGGGAAAUGCCAAGCUAUGUGGAAUAACCUAUAAGUGGGGGAAAAAAGUUAACUACAGAUGGCCUCUGAAGACUUGACUGUUAAACUAAGGUGGUCAAAAAGGACUGUAGGUAAAAUAGAAGGUGUCCCCACAGUGGCUGGUACCAUAGUUUCAACACAGCAAAUGUUGACUUAAAUGCAUGAGUUAUGGAAGGGUUUUCUAGAAUUUGUAAUAUUAGUGGUGCUAUACCUUAGGUAUAAAGGUAAGCAAGUCCUAAAGAACAACCAUGAAAAUAAUCGAGUGGCUGUAAUGGCUUUCCUAAGAGAACUGGCUGUGUCGCUCACUUUUCAUUUGGGCAAGAUUAGGGCCGAGAAGGACAUACACAUCUUAACGUGAAUUCCUUAAAGAUAUGCCAGGACCCUGUCUUUCAAUAAGCAUUUGAAAAUGAUAACCUUGUUUCACAAAUCCCAAAAUACUCUGGGAGGAGGCAGAGUCCACUUAAACCUUUUUCAUGGUGCUGAAGUGGAAGUCACUCAAUCACGUCCAACUUUCUGCGACCCCAUGGACUCUUCAGCCCAUGGAAUUCU